AUUAGAACAAGUAGGAAGCUGCAUAUUCUAGCUUUCAAUAUGGCCGAACCGCGGUCGUGUCCUUAUUUUCAUCGCACAGUGGAGAAACGAGAUGGUUCCUCUUUACUUAUUAAACAGUGCACCUCUGGAGACGUUGGCUGUGUGGUUUGGGACGCUGCAAUUGUUAUCUCCAAAUAUCUUGAAACGGAUUGUUUUUAUCGAAAUGGAGAACAUAUAUUUCUUAAUAAAUCUGUAGUGGAAAUCGGUUCUGGUACUGGAAUAGUAGGGAUCAUGGCAGCUACACUUGGGGCUAAUGUUACAGUAACAGAUCUUGAAGAGUUACAGGAUUUGCUCACAAGAAAUAUUGAGGAAAAUAAGCAUCUGAUCACAGGGUCAAUUGAAGCCAAGGUACUGAAAUGGGGUGAGAAAAAGGCUAGUGGCUUGGGCUGUCCUGAUUAUGUGCUCAUGGCAGACUGCAUCUACUAUGAAGAGUCUUUAGAACCCCUUAUCGAGACUCUUAAAGAACUUGUUGGACCUGAGACUUGUAUCAUAUGCUGUUACGAGGAAAGGACAAUGGGUAUAAAUCCUCAAAUACAGGAAGCAUUUUUUGAAAUAUUAAAACUGCAUUUUGAUGUUGAGAAGAUUCCUAUUGAAAAACAUGAUGAAGAAUAUCGAAGUGAAGACAUUCAUAUUUUUCACAUGUGGAAAAGGUGAUGAACAGUUUGCCUGCAGUAUGCAUUACUCAAAGAAAAUAAAAAAUGUCACUGCACUGACAACAGACUGUAUCCCUGUCUUACCGACUGCACAGAUUGUUAGAUAAGUAAUUCUGCAUUUUGAAGUGAAUUACAAACAUUUCUUAGCAUAAGUAGUUAACUUUCGGGUGCAGGGAAUCCAUUUUCCUGUAGUAAUUGUAUUCUUGAAUUUGUGUAGAUAAGCCAUAAGCACUGCAACUUUUUGACUGUCUUCAGUAAAACAUCUAUUAGUCUGCUGUAUAGUGUGCCAUUGCUGACUUUGUCUCCAACAAGUGCCUUAAAAGGAGACCUUGGCUACAUGAGAAUAAUUUGAACUCCUGUUUAUUUGGAGCGAUCAACACAACUGCAGAUCCCAGGAUAAAAGCAUAGAGUACAGACAACAGUUUAAUACAGACAACCAACUAGUUUGGGUUUUACAUGGAGUUGAGCAGCAUGCGCUUACAUUUUAUAUCACUUGACUGUCUCAGGGAAAGCGAAUGGAGAGUAUGAGCAUUGUUUCUUCAGUAUGCAGUGGUAGUACUACAUUAUUGCAAUACAAGACCAUAUUUAUUCACACAAGUGGACAGCUAAAUAUAGGAGGAGGAGACUGUUUUGAACUCUGUUUAAUACCUUUAUAAGACUGUGGUGUAUAUUCUGUGUAAUUUAUGUGAGACAGUUUAUAUUGUUGGAUGGCAGAUGAAUGGUGUAUAUAAAACCAUACGUUCAACAUUCAUGUUAAGAAUGACUGUUCUAACAUACCUUUUUUCUACUUUCAACUAUUUCAUGCUUUCGUACUUCAUAAUGUGGAAAGCAACAAAACCAUAACUGCCUCAAAGUGCAUUAAGUUGUAUAGAUAAGCACUAUUUCUUGAACAACAUUUAAGACAGUUGUUAAUUUAUGUAUUUCCAUCAUUUUAUUAUACUUGAUGUUUCAAAAACAUUUAAAUAAAUUAACAGUGAGCUGUGUUUUAUUAGA